CUUUUUUCCCUUUCUCCAACCCAAAACAACACAUAAUAAAAUUAAAAAAAAACGCAGCGAACUCAUUUUCCUCUCAAAGGAAAAAAAUUCAAAAAUCCCCAAAUUCUCAUUCCGAUUUUGAUCUUCUCAAUUAGGGUUCGAUCUGCGGCGUAGCAACGAUGCCGGAGAUCGAACAACAACUGCCGGAGGCAACCGCACUGUUCGGAAAAUACGAGCUGGGAAGGGUCCUAGGCUGCGGCGCGUUCGCCAAGGUGCACUACGCGCGCAACGUGCAAACCGGUCAGAGCGUGGCGGUUAAGAUCAUCAACAAGAAGAAGCUCGCCGGAACCGGCCUCGCCAGCAACGUCAAGCGCGAGAUCGCCAUCAUGAGCCGCCUCCACCACCCCCACAUCGUGCGCCUCCAUGAGGUUCUCGCCACGAAGACCAAGAUCUACUUCAUCAUGGACUUCGUUCGCGGCGGCGAGCUUUUCGCCAAGGUUUCUAAGGGUCGGUUUGGGGAGGAUCUCAGCCGUCGGUAUUUCCACCAGCUGAUCUCUGCCGUCGGGUACUGCCAUACCCGCGGCGUGUUCCACCGUGAUCUCAAGCCGGAGAAUCUCCUCCUUGAUGAAAAUGGCGAUUUGAAGGUUUCGGAUUUCGGGUUGAGCGCUUUGAGAGAUCAGAUCCGACCCGACGGGUUGCUGCAUACGCUUUGCGGAACUCCGGCGUACGUGGCGCCGGAGAUUCUCGCGAAGAGGGGCUACGAUGGCACGAAGGUGGAUGUUUGGUCAUGCGGCGUCGUUUUGUUUGUUCUUGCAGCUGGGUAUCUUCCGUUCAAUGAUCCGAAUUUGAUGGUGAUGUACCGGAAGAUUUACAACGGUGAAUUCCGGUGCCCGCGGUGGAUGUCGCCGGAUCUGCGGCGGUUUCUGUCGCGGUUGCUUGACACCAACCCGGAGACCCGGAUCACCGUCGAUGGGAUGACCCGGGACCCGUGGUUCAAGAAGGGAUACAAGGAGAUAAAGUUCCAUGAGGAGUAUCGACCCGAAUCUGGAUCCGGAUCUGGGUCGGAGGUGGUGGACUUGAACGCGUUUGAUAUCAUAACGUUUUCAUCGGGUCUUGAUCUUUCGAGAUUGUUCCGGCAAAAGGAAGGGGAGGAGAGGCUGGUGGUGAGUGGGACGCCGGAGAAGGUGCUGGAGAUGGCGGAGGAGGUGGGAGCGGCGGAGGGGAUGGCGGUGAGGUGGAAGAAGGAAUGUGGGGUGGAGCUGGAAGGGCUGAAUGGUGAUUACGGGAUUGGGAUUGAUGUUUCCCGGUUGACGGCGGAGCUGGCGGUGGUUGAGGUUAAGAUGAGGGGUGUCGACGCCGUGGCAUUCAGAAAUCUCUGGGAUGAAAAGCUCAAGCCUCAGCUGCUAGGUGGUGCAACGACGUCGUAUCAUCAGGAAGUGGAGCCGGAGUCACCGGAGUCGCAGGUUGCCAGUGAUUAGAUUCAAAUGAAAUUCUCUCCCAAACUUUUUUUUUUAAAUUACAAAAUGGGUUUAAAAACCUAAAUUCGGAAACACAAAGUCCAAUUCAAAAAUCAAAAUUGUUAAGAAGAAGAAGAAAAAAACAAAUAGCUGUAAAAAAAUUGGAUUGCUGUUGUUGUUGAUGCCAAAAUUGAAGAUUGGUGAGGUAGGACAUCUGCCAAAAGUGUAUUAUUUGUAUAUUUAUGUUUUUUGUUUUGUUUUUUGGUUUUGUAUAUUAUAUAUUAAAGAAUAAAGGAGUAUUUUUCUUUA